AUGAUCAAUUUUACUCUUUCAUUGAAUAUUUGGUUGGUUCAAAAUUAUCAAAUUUACUUCGAGUCCAAGAAAUAAAUUCUGUGCCAAUUCUUUUGCUAACAACAGAUGUUUUCGAACAUUUAUUUUUAAAAAUCAAUUAUGUUGAAACUGAUUUAUUACGUCAAAAAUUAUUAUUAAAGAUCGAUGAUAAUAAUUUAAUCGUCAAAAGUGCUAAUCGCACAAAAAUUCAAUGUUUACGCGAUAUCUUGAAGAUAGCAAGUGAUCGUAUAUUUAAAGAAGGACAACGAAUUGCACCAAAACAUCUGAUCAAUUAUUCUUCAUUUGCAAUUCCAUCAGCAACACCAGCUGUAUCAACUGCUAACACGUAUUGUACUCUUACAGUUGAUGAUCAACGAAAUCAUUUAUUAAAAUGUAUUGAUGAUUGGUCAUCUUUGAAUGAAAAUUUUUUGAAUCUAAAAGAAUUCAAACUAGAAGCAGAUAAUAAUUUUAGAUUAGUCGUAAAAGUAGGUACCAAUGGUGUCCAAGCAUCGAUUGAAUGCCUAUGUAAAACAAUUAUUACAUUAGGAAAACUCCAUAAUAAAUUAAUACCAUCUAAUUUUUAUCGUCAUUUAAAAUCACCUGGCUGUAAAUAUGUUAAUCGUUUGUUGAAGGAACGGAAGCUUGAAGAAACGAAUAGAAAUAAUUCUUACUCAACAUCAUCAAGUCAACUUAUUGACAAUAAUUCACAAUCGACCACAGCUGUUCUUCCUAAUCGUAAACGUACACUUGGAUCGACACACAAAAUCAACAGUCAAAAAAACAAAAGAAUUGAAAUUAUCUUUAAAAUAUUUUUUAUUAUGUCAUAG